UUCCUGUAUUCCUUUUCCUUUUUCUCUCCCGUGAUGUUGUUAGGAGGUUCUUCCUAUUACGGGCUUACGGCGAAUCAAUUUUGGCAACGGAUCUCGAGUUAGUUUCUCGCUGAAUGUUCAGAAAUCGGUAGUUUCAAUUCUAAGUUGACAAGGAAGAUAAGUUAUAAUGGAUGAAAACCUUGAAGAUGGUGUCUGACAUUUUAUGUGGGCAUUUGAAGACUCUCUGAAGUAAAGUCUGACUGCAGUGCAUUUGAAGACUCUCUGAAGUAAUGUCUGACUGCAGGAGGAACACUCCUGUGGUUUGGACGGGAUACGGGAUCAACACGAUCUUUUCCGGAAUUGCCGAGAGCAUGGAUAUAGAUUAAUGGUACGGUUAUUCAAUCACAUUCGGCCGCACAAAACCCUAUCAAUACCUUACCAAAAUUGAAGGAAGACUAGCGAUUGCAAGGAGUCAAGGGCUUUGUGAAGUAUUCGUCAAUUCAAGAGAUACCUAUACAAAUAAAUACAUUGGGGAUUCAGCAAUAUCUUUUGCAACGGAGGUUGGAAUUGUGAUGCGGAGCUUUUGUGAAAUGGAAUUCCAUACAUAGGAGAAAGUAGCAAAAGAAAAUAAAGAAGAAAUGAUUAACAGAUUACGUGAAAAAUUUGAAUUACCGCACGAAGAUAAAGUUCUGAUGGAGUAUGUAGAUGAACAAAUGCGGAGGCAAUGGAAACGCACACGAAAUAUUUUCAAAGAUUAUUGGAAGAAAAAUGGAGGAAUAACAGAUCCACAAUUUGCAAGAUCUAAAAUGAAGCCAGAUUCUCGUAGCGAAGAAGAUUGGGGUUAUUUGUGCGAUUAUUGGGAAUCGGAUAAAGCGAAGCAAUAUGCUGAACAAAUGAAACAUAAUCGGGGAAAAUUUGUUAUUCCAAGUACAGGAGGCUCAAGAUCGAUAGCAAAUCACAAAUUUGCCAUGACAAAUAAAGAGACUCAAAUGCCCCCCAGCCCAAUCGAGUUAUAUCAUAAGUUGCAUUUUGAUCCCAUAAAGAAAUGGAUAAAUGAUGAGUCACGCAUUCAAUACGAAAAUAUUCUCCAACUCAAGGAGGAAGAAUACGCCAAAUUAGUUUCGGCGGGAACAAGCAUUACUCAAGAAAUGGAAUACGACAUAGAGAAAAAAGUCAUUAAAACUACUUCUGCCAAACAUAAAACAUUACAAUCUGGAUGGGAGGCUUCAAGUGGACCUGUUAUGAGGAAAAAAGAUAUACAUCUCUUAUCAACCGCAGAAACAUCUCAAUCAGCCUCAAAAGACGAAGAAGAUAUGAAAAGUAAGAUUGUUGCACUUGAGGAGGAGGUUCGAAUAAAUGAACAAAAAGUCAAACAAAGUGAGGAAAAAUGUGAAAAAUGUUCCAGUUUAUUAUCUCGAAGUUCCCAGAUUCUCAAAACAUAUUAUGUCCAUCCGAUGAAGAUGAAGCUCGUGCGUACGAUGACAUAACAGAUCUAUCAGAGCAAGCGUAACAUUCUUGACCGGUUAUUAAAAUUUGGAACUUCUUUCACGUAUGGUUUAGUUAUUGACUAGUUUCUUAGACAUUUUUGUUUGUUGUUUUAAAUUUGGAUAUGAUGUCUAAAUUACGGUUUAUUUAUCUAGUACUAGUUCAUUUGGUGUAUUAACAA